AUGGCUGUUGUUAUUCCCCCGGCCAUGAUCCCCAUCCGGGGUGGUAGUGACCGACUCGUCGCUCUUGAGCUGCAAGAUGGCACCGUCUACCAGGGUUACAACUUUGGUGCGGAGAAGAGCAUCUCCGGUGAAUUGGUCUUCCAAACUGGUAUGGUUGGCUACCCUGAAUCGGUGACUGAUCCCUCAUACCGAGGCCAAAUCCUGGUUAUCACUUUCCCCCUUGUCGGUAACUACGGUGUGCCCUCUCGGGACGAGAUGGAUGAUUUGCUCCAAACUCUGCCAAGAUAUUUCGAGUCGAACCAGAUCCACGUUGCGGCAUUGGUGGUGGCCACCUAUGCCGGCGAGGAUUAUUCGCACUUCUUGGCGAAGUCCUCUCUAGGCGAGUGGCUCAAGGAGCAGGGUGUCCCUGCCAUGCACGGUGUCGACACUCGUGCCCUAACCAAGCACAUUCGUGAGUCGGGUAGUAUGCUCGGCCGCAUGCUGCUCCAGAAGGCUGGCAACACAGCUACUGCUGCGGAUGACGCCAACUGGAAGUCGAGCUUCGAGGAGAUCGAAUGGGUGGACCCCAACAAGAAGAACCUUGUUGCUGAGGUAUCCAUUCGUGAACCCCGCCUUUAUUCCCCUCCUGCCAACAUUGCUCUGAAGCACCCCUCGGGCCGCACCGUUCGGGUUCUGUGCUUGGAUGUGGGUAUGAAGUACAAUCAGCUGCGCUGCUUGCUUGCCCGUGGCGUCGAGGUUAUGGUCGUCCCAUGGGACUAUGACUUCCCCACCCUGGCUGGAAAGGACUACGACGGUUUGUUCGUGUCCAACGGUCCCGGUGACCCUGCAACCCUCACAAAAACCGUUGAGAACCUAUCAAAGACACUAAAGGAUGCCCGGACGCCCGUCUUUGGUAUCUGCUUGGGUCACCAGCUUAUUGCCCGGUCUGUGGGUGCCACAACUUCCAAGAUGAAGUUUGGUAACCGUGGCCACAACAUUCCCUGCACCAGCAUGAUCUCUGGCAAGUGCCACAUCACCUCCCAGAAUCACGGUUAUGCCGUGGAUGCCUCCAGCCUUCAAAAUGGCUGGGAAGAGCUGUUUGUGAACGCCAAUGACGGAAGUAACGAGGGUAUCCGCCACACCAGUCGUCCUUUCUUCAGUGUUCAGUUCCACCCGGAGAGCACUCCUGGACCUCGUGAUACUGAGUACCUCUUUGAUGUCUUCAUCAGCACCAUCCAAAACACCAUCGCUUCCGCUGAUGCUCUUACCAAGCCCGUGGACUUCCCCGGCGGUCUCAUUGAGGACAACCGCAAGGCUGCUCCCCGUGUCUCUGUCAAGAAGGUCCUGGUUCUAGGCAGUGGUGGUCUGAGCAUUGGUCAGGCCGGAGAGUUCGAUUAUUCUGGCUCCCAAGCCAUCAAGGCGCUGAAGGAAGAGGGAAUCUAUACCAUUCUCAUUAACCCUAACAUCGCCACCAUUCAGACCUCCAAGGGUUUGGCUGACAAGGUCUACUUCCUUCCCGUCAAUGCUGACUUUGUUCGCAAGGUCAUCAAGCACGAGCGCCCUGAUGCCAUCUACUGUACCUUCGGCGGUCAGACCGCUCUCUCGGUCGGUAUCCAGCUCAAGGAUGAGUUUGAGGAUCUCGGUGUCAAGGUUCUCGGUACUCCCAUCGAUACCAUUAUCACCACUGAAGAUCGCGAGCUGUUCGCUCGCAGCAUGGACUCCAUCAACGAGAAGUGUGCCAAGUCCGCUUCUGCCUCGACACUGGAGGAGUCUCUUCGUGUUGUGGAGGAUAUUGGCUUCCCCGUCAUUGUCCGCGCUGCCUAUGCAUUGGGUGGCCUUGGUAGUGGUUUUGCCAAUAACAUGGAGGAGCUAAAGGAGCUCUGCACUAAAGCUCUGGCCGUCAGCCCCCAGGUGCUUAUUGAGCGUAGUAUGAAGGGUUGGAAGGAGAUUGAGUACGAGGUCGUCCGUGACGCCCAGGAUAACUGUAUCACCGUCUGCAACAUGGAGAACUUCGAUCCUCUUGGUAUCCACACUGGUGACUCUAUUGUCGUGGCCCCCUCCCAGACUCUUUCUGAUGAAGACUACAACAUGCUGCGUACAACUGCUGUGAAUGUCAUUCGUCACCUCGGUGUUGUCGGUGAAUGUAACAUCCAGUACGCCCUUAAUCCCUUCUCCCGGGAGUACUGCAUUAUUGAGGUCAAUGCUCGUUUGUCCCGUUCUUCGGCUCUUGCCUCUAAGGCUACCGGAUACCCCCUCGCUUUCAUCGCUGCUAAGCUGGGUCUGGGUAUUCCUCUGAACGAGAUCAAGAACUCUGUGACCAAGUCCACCUGUGCCUGCUUCGAACCCUCGCUCGACUACUGUGUGGUCAAGAUUCCCCGCUGGGAUUUGAAGAAGUUUACCCGUGUCUCUACCCUGCUGGGCUCCUCGAUGAAGAGUGUUGGUGAGGUUAUGAGCAUUGGUCGCACCUUCGAAGAAGCCAUCCAGAAAGCCAUUCGCUCCGUCGAUUUCCACAACCUCGGUUUCAACGAGACUGAUGCCCUCAUGUCCAUCGAUGAGGAGCUCCAGACUCCUUCCGACCAGCGUCUGUUUGCCAUUGCCAACGCCAUGGCCCAGGGUUACACCGUCGAUGAUAUCUGGAAGCUGACUAACAUUGAUAAGUGGUUCUUGUCCCGUCUGAAGGGUCUGAGUGACUUCGGCAAGUCCAUGACUGCUUACAACGCCACCAACGUGCCCUUGUCCAUGGUCCGUCAGGCCAAGCAGCUUGGUUUCUGUGAUCGCCAGCUCGCCAACUUCCUGAGUUCUAACGAACUGGCUAUGCGCCGUAUGCGUGUCGAGGCUGGCAUCACGCCCAUUGUCAAACAAAUCGAUACUGUCGCUGGAGAGUUCCCAAGUCACACCAACUAUCUCUACCUCACCUACAACGCCUCUCACCACGAUUUGUCGUUUGAUGACCAUGGCAUCAUGGUUCUUGGUUCUGGUGUUUACCGUAUUGGUUCGUCUGUCGAAUUCGACUGGUGUUCCGUGCGCACUAUUCGCACACUCCGCGAGCAGGGUCAGAAGACUAUCAUGGUCAAUUAUAAUCCUGAGACCGUGUCGACUGAUUACGACGAGGCCGACCGUCUUUACUUUGAAAACAUCAACCUGGAGAGUGUGCUCGAUAUUUACCAGCUGGAGACCUCGAAAGGUGUUGUGAUCUCAAUGGGAGGUCAAACUCCGAACAAUAUUGCCUUGCCGCUUCACCGCCUUAACGUGAACAUCCUUGGUACUUCACCUGAGAUGAUCGACGGUGCCGAGAAUCGUUACAAGUUCUCGCGUAUGUUGGAUCGCAUCGGUGUUGACCAACCGGCCUGGAAGGAGCUUACCAGUCUGGAUGAGGCUCGUGGGUUCUGCGACAAGGUUGGCUACCCUGUGCUUGUGCGUCCCUCCUACGUGCUGUCUGGUGCUGCCAUGAACACUGUGUACUCAGAGCACGAUUUGGAGAGCUAUCUGAACCAGGCUGCUGAUGUCUCUCGUGACCACCCCGUCGUUAUCACUAAGUACAUUGAGAACGCCAAGGAGAUUGAGAUGGAUGCUGUUGCCAAGAAUGGUGUCAUGGUUGGCCACUUUAUUUCGGAGCACGUUGAGAAUGCUGGUGUUCACUCUGGUGAUGCCACUCUCAUUCUGCCUCCCCAGGAUUUGAGCGCCGAGACAGUUCGCCGCAUCGAGGAGGCUACCCGUAAGAUCGGUAACGCAUUGAACGUCACUGGUCCCUACAACAUUCAGUUCAUUGCCAAGGACAAUGACAUCAAAGUUAUUGAGUGCAACGUCCGCGCCUCACGUUCGUUCCCCUUUGUGUCCAAGGUUAUGGGUGUGGACCUGAUCGAGAUGGCUACCAAGGCUAUGAUUGGUGCCCCCUUCGUUGAGUACCCGGCUGUGACCGUUCCUAAGAACUACGUCGGUGUCAAGGUUCCUCAGUUCUCUUUCUCUCGUCUUUCGGGAGCCGACCCUGUGCUUGGUGUUGAGAUGGCUUCUACUGGUGAGGUUGCCUCAUUCGGUCGCGACAAGUACGAGGCCUACCUUAAGGCCCUGUUGUCCACUGGCUUCCGCCUCCCCAAGCGUAACAUCCUGUUCUCUAUUGGUUCUUACAAGGAGAAGCUUGAGAUGUUGCCUUCCAUCAAGAAGCUGCACCUCCUCGAUUACAACCUGUUUGCCACAUCUGGUACUGCUGACUUCUUGAAGGAGAACGGUAUUCCUGUCAAGUACCUUGAGGUUCUUGGCGAGGAGGAGGACAUUAAGUCCGAAUACUCCCUGACUCAGCACUUGUCAAACAACCUUAUCGAUCUCUACAUCAACUUGCCGUCUAGCAAUCGCUUCCGCCGCCCUGCCAACUACAUGUCUAAGGGUUAUCGCACUCGUCGUAUGGCCGUUGACUACCAGACCCCUCUGGUGACAAACGUCAAGAAUGCUAAGAUUCUGAUUGAGGCCAUCGCUCGUCACUACCCUCUGGAAAUCCAAACCUCGGACUUCCAGACCAGCCACCGCACCAUUGUUCUCCCUGGUCUGAUCAACAUCGCUGCCUUUGUUCCCGGUCUCGCCACCCCUGGUUCCAAGGACUUCGAGGUUGUCAGCAAGGCCUCAAUUUCUGCUGGUUUCAGCAUGGUUCGUGUUAUGCCCGUUGGAGUCAACAGCUCGGUCACCGAAGCUAGCGAUCUCAAGAUUGUCCAGCAGAACGCCCAGGACAAGUCAUUCUGCGACUUCAACUUCUCGGUCGUGGCCACUGCCACCAACUCGGAGCAGAUCACUCAAAUGACUGGCGAUGUUGGCUCCCUGUUCAUUCCUUUCAACCACUUGUCAGGCAACAUCAACAAGGUGGCCACCGUCACUCAGCACUUCGGUGCCUGGCCCUCAAGCAAGCCUCUGAUCACCGAUGCCAAGAGCACUGACCUUGCUUCCAUUCUGUUGUUGGCUAGUUUGCACAGUCGCAACAUCCACGUGAUGAGCGUUACCUCCAAGGAGGAUAUCAACCUUAUUGCGCUCAGCAAGGAGAAGGGCCUGAAGGUCACUUGUGAUGUUUCUAUCUUCUGCCUCUUCCUCUCUCGUGAGGAAUACCCCGAUUGCACUACUCUCCCCACUGCUGAGGAUCAGAAGGCUCUCUGGGACCACCUGAGCACAAUCGAUAUUUUCUCUAUCGGUAGCAUUCCCUUCCAGCUCGCUGGCAAGGAUGCUAGCCCUGCUGCCGGUAUCGCUGAGUCCUUGCCUCUUCUCUUCACUGCCGUUUCUGAGGGUCGCUUGACUGUCGAGGACAUCAGCUCCCGUCUCUAUGAGAACCCCAAGAAGAUCUUUGAGUUGCAUGACCAGUCUGAGACCUCCAUCGAGGUCGAGGUUGACCGUCCUUACGUGUUCCAGAACCACGAGGCCUGGUCUCCGUUCAACGGCAAGCUGAUGCGCGGCUCCGUCCAGCGUGUUGUCUUCCAAGGCAAGACUUCGUGCCUCGACGGCGAGCUGUCUCCCAAUGCUACCAAGGGUGCAGACAUGUCCACUCACCGGAUUGUUCCUGCUUCCCCUAUCCAGAAGCCAACCACUCCCAUGGUUCGACCUGAGAGCUCCCUGGAGAGACAUGUCUCUAUCUCUGGCACCCCUGGCCCUCGCCACCGGGCUUUCGAUUCCGUCGUGCCUUCUGUUGGCGAACUCGGCCCUCCACUUUACAGCACCCCCUUGUCCAAAAACACACCUUCGCUGCAGGAAUUGCUCGCCAACUCUCCGUUCAAGCAGAAGCAUGUGCUAUCCGUGAACAGGUUCACUCGUGCGGAUCUCCACUUGUUGUUCACUGUUGCCCAAGAGAUGCGCCUUGGUGUUCAGCGCCAGGGAGUUCUUGAUGUUCUCAAGGGCCGCGUGCUCGCCACUCUCUUCUACGAGCCUUCGACCCGCACUUCGGUCUCGUUCGAUGCCGCCAUGCAGCGCCUGGGUGGACGUACCGUCACUAUCUCCACAGAGCACUCUUCUGCCCAGAAGGGUGAGACUCUUCAGGAUACUCUCCGCACUCUUGGCUGCUACGCCGAUGCCGUGGUUCUGCGCCACCCCGAGCCCAAGAGCACUGAGAUCGCAGCCAAAUUCUCCCAGGUCCCUGUCAUCAACGGUGGCAACGGCUCUAUCGAGCACCCCACUCAGGCCUUCCUAGAUCUCUUCACCAUUCGUGAGGAGCUCGGUACCGUCACCGGCUUGACUAUCACCUUCACUGGUGACCUUAAGUACGGCCGUACCAUCCACUCCCUCAUCAAGCUGCUCCGCUUCUACGAUGUGAAGGUACAGCUUGUGUCGACAAAGGAGCUUGCCCUCCCCGAGGAAAUUCGCCAGCAGAUCAAGGCCUCUGGCCAGUUGGUCCUUGAGGCUGAGGAGCUGACUCCUGAGAUUGUUGCAUCCUCCGAUGUCCUGUACUCUACUCGUGUGCAGAAGGAGCGCUUCUCUGACCUCGCUCAAUACGAGCGUCUGAAGAACAGCUUCGUUAUUAACAACGCUCUGCUCAAGCAUGCAAAGAGCCACAUGGUCGUCAUGCACCCGCUGCCACGCAAUGCUGAGAUCGCUGAAGAGGUCGACUUUGACCAGCGCGCAGCUUACUUCCGCCAGAUGAGAUAUGGCUUGUACUGCCGCAUGGCGCUGCUGGCCCUGGUCUUGACUCCUUAA